AUGAGCUCGUGGGUAUCUUUUCCAAAGCAGUGGAAGCUUGAAGAUAUUCAAGCAGGACUGAAUGUGUUGAUCACAGCCCUUAGUGGCUUGGUCAUAUUCGUCUUUGUCCGAUUAUCAUGGCAGUCUGGAGCACGACGAAUCGCACAAACCAAGGCCGUGUCUUUACCUUCCCUCUUCACCCUGAACACUCCAGGUGAAGUCCUAGAUGCUGCUGGUGUUCUCAAGCACAAGCUUCUAGACCACCCAAAUAUUCUUACCCAGUGCGUCGUUGUUGCUUUAUUCUCUAUCACGACCCUGGUCUCGGGGCCAAUAGCAAGAUAUACAACCCGUACCGCCAGCAUCUCUACUGAGCUCGCUGUAAAUGGCUACCUCACUACGCGAUCCCACAACAGCAAUGGCGACGAUCAAGUCAUGUGGAAUCUGACAAUGACGAGUCUCGACCGUGCGGGCUUUCCAGUUGAUGAAAUGCUCGAUUACCUACCUGAUCCCUCAAUUCACUGGCUCUAUCGGCAAGAAGAAUGGAAUAACUCCUGGUCAUUUACCUGCCAGUCAAUCGAUGCCACGCCUAUUAGCCUGAGAAUGUCGGACAAUUGCAGCGACUAUAUGAGUAAGGUCCAAGGGCUCGACUCGGUCAUACCGAGUUUGCAGUAUAGCGAGGCCUAUUCGUACAGCCGUGGUGGCUACUACGUUAACUCGACCUUAUGGCGUGAUAUGCUGAUGUUCUUCCACGCAGUAAAUUAUACUGCCUAUGAGGAGGAGACCGAUAUCUAUCAUCACGUCAGCAUGUCACUCGCUGCCUUGCAUCUACAUAACAUCCCUUUGAACGGCACUGAUUUUUCUGGCCCUUGCGAAUUGGAUGUCGGUCCCGUUGAGUCGGCUGUAUUCACGCGCAUAGAUUGCGAUAUUGAUCACCAACCAGUCGAUCACCAUAAAAUAGGCAACAUAGCCUAUCCAGAUACUGGCGACUUUGCCUCAAUAUCUUCCGCGUUUGUACAAUACUACAACUCCCGCUUCGGUUAUGAAUCCAUUAGUAAUCAGCCAACGACUAUCAUUACUCCAAGAGAUUUACGCAGGUUUUUCCAGACCUAUAUAGUCACUAAGGACGUGCAAAACAGGUUGCCCGUCGAGCGGAAUCUCAUGGUCAGCGUUCUCGUUGUGCAAAUCUCGACAGCCUUUCUGGUUAUAUACUGCCUGAUCGCUUUCAUUGCUAUCUUCGGAGGGUUCCAAUAUGCACUCUUCCUCCUUCUCAAUCGCAAAAUUCUGCCACUGCUUCCGCAAAGCAAACUAGAUUGGAUUGUUCAAGCCGCCGCCAACGCGACACCGUCGGGAUUUGCGCAGUCGGGAGGUCUUUCGUGGGUCGUGACCACCUCCUCACCGCAUGUUGAUGUCUCUCAAGCACGACCGGAGCAGCGAAAGCAGGUGCUCUUUGAGAUUGCCUGGUACAGUCCGUGGCGGCCACAGCCACUCCCGCAACAGAUUUUCGGUCUGCAAAAGGCAUCACCAAACAGCGAUGUUACUCCCGCAAGUCAGCUUAGUCCGGUCUCGACUGUACCCGUACCUGCAUCGCCAGGUAUGCGUGCUCCGGGCUUGCAGUAA